AUGUCCCACCCAAGAAUAGAAGAGGUCUCGGACAGCGACUUCGACUCUGACCCAGCCGAGGCCGACAUCGAUGACUUUGCCGACUCUGAUAUCAUGCGCCGUGUCGAACCCUCAUCCGCCCCCAGAACAGCUCCUCCUCACCAGGAACCCGCCAUCGUCCCCGCCGAUGCUCCCGUCGGAAGCACCAUGCCUGCUUCGGCCGAUCGCUCUGCCUACGCCGAUUUCCAAUGCCUUUAUCCCGUCUACUUUGACGCCUCGCGGUCUCGCGCCGAGGGUCGUCGUGUGGGCGCUGAAUUGGCCGUCAAGGACCCUCUUGCGCGGGAGAUCGCAAAUGCCUGCUCGCGACUACGACUACCAACGUUGUUUGAGCCCGAAAAGGUGCAUCCCAAGGACUGGGCCAACCCCGGCCGUGUCAAGGUUGGUCUGAAGAAGUCGUCCGGCCACCCCGUCAAGAACAAGCACCACCUGUACCGCCUCGUCGCCGAGCAUCUGCGCGACAACCCUACGACUGAAGACAGCCCCGGUCUGCGUGUCCGCAUGGGUGGUCAACUACAGCCCGAGCCCGGAAAGCCUUACCCCAAGCCUGCUGUGCCACGAGGAUGGAAGAUGGGUGAGCUGGUGCCGUACCUGAGCGCUGCCAUGACAGGCGGUGGUGUUUCGGAGAACCUGUUCAAGGAUAUGAUGAAAGAGAUGCAAGGUGGUGGAGAUCCCAUGUCAGCUCUUAUGGGUGCACAAGCAGGUGGCGGUGGUGGUGAAGAAAGCAGUGGUGGCGGCAAGAAGAAGAAGGAUAAGAAGGGAAAGGGAAAGGCAUGA